AAUGACGAGUGUCUCGUUUGGUGGCAGUGACUCUCAAUUUCAAAGUCUUGAUCCAGCUCCUGGUUAUAGCGAUGAUGCGAGCGGAUAUCCGGAUAUUGAAGUCAUCGACAACGAAGAUGAAAUGUACAUAGAUGAAGAAACCUAUGAGUAUUUAACCAAUCAUUAUUUUCGAGCGGGUCAUGAUGGGUGUGAUGAAUACACCAAUUUAACUACUUUCCAUGGAAUGAUACGUGUAUUUAAUUCUCGCAACUGCCCGUCUUUAAUUUUCUGGUGUCUCGUUGUUACCACUUGCCUAGUUUUCUACAUUAUGGUGUGCGGUACAAUGAUCAAGACUUAUUCGACGCAACCCAGUUUUAUGAGAAUCAACGAGACAAAAAGUCAUAGAGCAGAGAAUAAUAUUGAACUGUGCUCAGAAAAACAACUUACGUGCAACGAAAUAUUGAAAGAAAAUAAACAAAUGACGUGCAAAGAAGUUGAUGCAUACUGUGUUUCAAUACGAUUCUCUACAAAAACUAAAAUUCGAUUGAAAAAGAAAGGUCUGUAUUUCAAACAUGGGACCGAGGAAGAUGUUCAUUACUUGUCAUCGAAACCUCACACACAUCACAUGAUUCGAUUGAAACUUAUUCAAAUUGAUCGACUGAAUUUGGGGCGAGCACCGUGUACAACAAACUGGAGAGAAAUAACAUGGAUCGAAAAAGAUUCGAUACCAGAUUAUAGAUAUUCAUUGAAUAUGUGCGAGAACAUUCGCUUUGAGCUAACAAGAAAAGUCGAAUAUUUGCAAUAUGAUUUCCCCUGCUAUCCCUCAUGCUCCGAGAUAAAAUACCAAGUGAGUAAAUCUAAACUGCGCCACAGUUCUGAUUCCGUGGUGAUCACGUUUUCUGUACUGCCCACUAUCACUCUCAUGCAAGAGACGCGGAAGACAACAUUGAUUGAUAUUUUGUGUUAUCUUGGAGGAGCCAGUUCGUUGUUUAUGGGUUGCAGUUGCGUCACACUGAUGGAGAUGUUUGUGUUUCUGUUCAAACUAGUGGCAAAGUCGGCGUGUUCUCAAGAAGUCCCAGAGCCCGAUGAUAGUUUUUACAAUGAUAAAAUCGAAUUCGAAUACUCAGAUCAUAGAAACAAAAGGCGAUAUGCAAUUUUUGAUAGAGAAACAAUGGAGAAGUAUUUAAUAUCAAAUAAUAGCAUAGAUGUGAAAAGUAUCAAUCUUGACAAACGGCUAUCGGUGUUUAGUGUGAAGAAAGCGCCAAAACUCAGGGCUCUCAAAGAUAACCGGAACUUUGACAAAAUUGAUAUUUUUGAUGAAGGCAUAUCAGAAAACGAUGCCAAGAAUGAAGUUGCUCUCAGUCAAAAGGAUGAAUGUUCUGUGGAGUAUCAAGAUGAGAAAAUGGACACUCUGGGAGAAAUUCCGUUAGAAAAUCGGAGACCCCUAAGACCACAGUUACGACGUUGCUCCACAGCUACUUCAUUUGCAUCUCAUACCUCUAAAGGAUCCUCUUCACUUACAGUUCGAUCUUAUGCUCCAAAUCAACAAAAACGCAGAAUGAGCAAAGCAUUCACCAAAAAUAUGCCUAUGAAUGAUUUUUAAAAAUAUUUUACGUCUAUAAAAAUAUUUAAAAAAUUGGAAAUAAAAACAAACUGAAUAA